AUGACGAAAGAAGUAGUUGGCGAAGGAGGUUCCUUCACGGCGAAGGACUACCACGACCCACCGCCGGCUCCCCUCAUCGACGCGGCGGAGCUCGGCCAGUGGUCCUUCUACAGAGCCCUAAUCGCCGAGUUCAUCGCCACCCUCCUCUUCCUCUACAUCACCGUCCUCACCGUCAUCGGCUACAAGAGCGUCGUCGACCCCUGCGGCGGCGUCGGCAUCCUCGGCAUCGCCUGGGCCUUCGGCGGCAUGAUAUUUGUCCUCGUCUACUGCACCGCCGGCAUCUCCGGCGGCCACAUCAACCCGGCGGUGACGUUCGGGCUGUUUCUGGCGAGGAAGGUGUCGCUGAUAAGGGCGGUGAUGUACAUGGUGGCUCAAUGCCUGGGAGCCAUUUGCGGUGUUGGGUUGGUGAAGGCGUUCCAGAAGUCUUACUACACCAGGUACGGCGGCGGGGCCAACUCUCUGAACGACGGCUACAGCACCGGCACCGGAUUGGGCGCGGAGAUCAUCGGAACUUUCGUGUUGGUUUACACCGUCUUCUCCGCCACCGACCCCAAGAGGAACGCUCGCGACUCCCAUAUCCCUGUAAGCACUAAUCGCUCUUUCAGAAUUGCCCUCAAUUUCUAGCGAAUUUGUUUGUUUCCAUUUGGCUAGAAUGUAACCGUAGUGGUAGGCGUAGUCCUCCUGCCUAUAUUUUCUGCCAUUGAAGUCGGUCAGGUCAAUCUUUGCGUGGUUUGGCACAUUUAGUUUGUCUAAUAUUAAUUUCAAGGGCAAUGUCUAUUUUUUACCCAAACCUUUUUCAGAUUCUUUUAUUUUAACCAAAUCUAUUGAAUUCCUAAAAAUUAUCCAAACGUUAACUCUCCGUCAACUUUUCUGUUAGUAAUGCUGACUAAGUAUGACCAUAAUGAGUUGACUUCCUACGUGGCGGUCAGAAUACCAUCAUUUACUAUUUUUAAUAAAAAGAUUAUCAAAAAACAAAACAAAAUCCCACCUCUCACGUGGACGAAAUAAGUAACGGUAACAGAAUUAAUGCCCAGACUUUGAUAAAUUAUAAUACGUUUGGAUAAUAAAUAGAAUUUUUAUAGGUUUGGUUAAAAUAAAAGAAUCUGAAAAAGAUUUGGGUAAAAAAUAGACAUUGCCCUAAUUUCAAUGUGUUAAUUUAUAUUAAAUAUUGUGUUUCUUAAAGCGUCUUAAUUAUUGAUAUAGUAUAGUUUAAUUUUGUUUAAAAUGAUAGUAAGUUUAGCGAAUUAACCACAUGUGCAACCGGGCUAUCUGUGAAAACGUCGAGAUGAAUCAUGACUAAUGAUGAGUCAUGAACCAGAUGAUUCGCUACAAAAUUACCCUCAAUUACACCACUGUUCUAUAAUUGCAACAGUAAAGUUGUUGUACCUACUUUUGUUUGUUCGUUCAUUUUCUUAAGGUUAACUACACUUGUAUAUCCAAAACUUUCACGGUUGUGCCAAUAAUAUACAAAUUUCCCGAAAUACCACUUAUAUCCAAUUCCUUCACAUUCUUUAACGGUGUUUUUGGAUAUACAAGUGUAUUAAACCUUUUCUUAAUGUGAAAACUGUUUCUUUUUGGGUAGUGAAAACUUGGUUAGUAGUUGGGGGGAGUGCAGCGAAUCUUCUAGCUAGGUAAAGGAGGGAGGUUCAGUGUAUAGGAUGUUCCUAUUAUGUUAUGUGAUUCAAUUCUCCACUUUUUCUCCAUAACUCUUGAACAGUGAAAACUGUGGAGAAUAGAAUCCCCUGUUUGUUUUCUUCCACACUUUUCCACAUUCACGGAAGGGCAACGGGCCCUUCCUCCAUUAAUUAAUUGCUAAACUGGACAGUAGCUUUCGUCUUGGUUUGUCUUUGGUGUCGUCGUGUUCAACCGUCAUUUGUGUUUGCUUUGUGACGUUUUGGAGCUUUCAAGGCAUGUGAAUUUAAGUUUCAGAUCGCACUGUUUAUAGAGUUGACAAAUUUGUUCUACACCUCUCACAUGGAAACAGUACGUAGCAUGUAUUUGGUCUGUUGGUAUGCUGUUCAUUUAAGCUUGUUUAAUGGUGGCGGUUUCUGGUACGUUUGGCCAAAUUUGGUAGGUAUUGGCACCACUCCCCAUUGGAUUCGCCGUAUUCAUGGUUCAUCUGGCUACCAUUCCCAUCACCGGCACCGGAAUCAACCCGGCCAGGAGCUUCGGAGCUGCUGUCAUCUUCAACGAAGAGAAGCCCUGGGAUGACCAUUGGAUCUUCUGGGUGGGACCCUUCAUCGGAGCUGCUCUCGCGGCUUUCUUCCACCAGUUCAUCUUGAGAGCCGGAGCUGUGAAGGCUCUUGGGUCGUUCAGGAGCAGCGCCAGUGCUGUGUAGAGCGAUCGGAUCUCCCCACAGCUUACUUUUUUCUGCUCGGAGUGGAAUAAUGAGUGGUGCAGAGUGCCAUUGCUUGUGCUUCAGAGAGUUGAGGAGUGGUGUGUGGACUGUUGGAUCGAUGAAAUUAAGAUGGUGUGGACCGAGAAAGGAGUUAUAGUAGUUGGAGCUCUUUUUAUUCUUGUCGGUUUGCUCUUCUUCUUUUUCAGUGCUAGAGGAUGGAUUGCCACAGCGUCUUUAAUUUAUUUGAUCUUGAACUCUGUGGGCUAUAUAGCUUGCCUGCGUGUAUUCGCUCUCAAAAGAACUUGGUGGAAAUGUAUUCCUUCUUCUACUUCAGGGCCCUGUCUUGCUCUUCAGUUCGCACCUCUUUAGUGCAAGUAUCGGCCUACUGCGAGUUUCUUGCCAAAUUGUCACACAACUUAUUACUUAUCCAUUAUCGACCACUGGAUUUUGAAACUGAUGUUUGCUAGAUGGAUUUGUGAAUGGUG